GACUGGGCUGCUAAUUCUCUUUCAUAAGUGUAUUUUGUGCACACAAAAUGCCUAUAGCUUCAUCUUGUGGUCGGUAGACACAAUGGCAUAUACUGUGUAAGGCUUACCAGCUCCCUUGUAAAGCCAUUGCUGCUCUUUUUUGUUUCAUGUGUUUAAUAAUACCCAAGCCAUGACAGUUUAUCAAAAAGGCACUUGUGUGAAGGGUUAAUCUGACAUCAUUCUUCCACAUUCCCAGUGUGUGGCCAAGUAUAUCAUACAACCCCCACUGGCAUUCUCUGCAGCAAAUGCUCACUUGUUGGUCGUUGAAGGUUUAAAAAUUAAAAUUAAGAAUUAAUAUUAAUGGCUUAAAUUGACUUCUAAUCUACUCCCAGGUAUCACAUCAAGGUCCAGAAAUCCACAAAGUCUCUGAGGACAAUGUAGUCCCGCAGACCCCUCCAGCAGACAAGUGCUUAGCUUAUCAGGUUCAGUACAGUGCUUCAAAAGAAUCUGAUUGUUUACAGCCUCUCUUAACACUCAAUUUAAAAACUGUACUUGAGCUGUAAAGUAAAGUGUUAACAUGUAAGUCUGAAAAAACAUCAAAUUCAUUUCAGCCAGGAAAGAACACAAGGGAAAGUAUGUGUGUGUGUAGUUCAGCGUUUGAGGUUUGACAACCUUUGUUCGCAUUGUGGUUAAUGUGGCCUUAAUACACAGUUUUCCACUCAACUAUUUACCAUUUACCUUAACUCUCUUCCUUUAGAGUACAUGUAGCCUAUGAUGAAAAAGCAAGAGUCAAGCAUGAGUAUAUUUCUGAUUAUCUACAGCAAGUAUAGACCUUUCUGAUUUUUAGGCAAGAAAUAGAUGCCACAAAUAGACAGGACCUAAACUCCUGUUCACAGCACAAUUAAAUUAAAACUUACCAAGAUACCUUUUCAGAUUUCAUUAUUGUUUUUUUGCUGUAACAUAAAACUACAAUCCCACAUGUAGAGGCACAAGGAGUGUAUAAUACAGUGAAGUGCUAAACAUUUAGAUUUUUGAUGAUUUAACAACCAUUUAACAACAACUAAAGUGCACCAACCCAAAUGACAAGUUGACAGUUUUAGGUGGUCUUAUAAAAGGGUUGCACUCAUGGUGUGCAUUUCAACACCUGCCCACAAAGUUUCCGUUGUGAGAGUUGGAAGGUUGACUACAAAAAAGGUGGUAAAGGGGAGCACUGCCAGUCAAACUGUUCAGCUUUUACUUCUGUACAACCAUGAUCCACGCAUACUGCAUUAUCUUUUUCUUUCAGCUGCUCUCCUUCACUGGGGCUUCUGAGAGUGGCAUAGUGGGUGGUAAGGUUGCAAAGCCUCAUUCCAAACCCUACAUGGCAUCACUCCAGUCUUGUGGACACCAUUCAUGUGGCGGAAUACUUAUUCGGGAGGACUUUGUUCUAACUGCAGCACACUGCAAAGGAACUGAGCCCAUGACUGUGGUACUUGGAGCACAUGACAUAAGCAAGAAAGAGAAAAGUCAGCAGGCGAUCAAAGUGGCCAAGUACUAUCCACAUCCGGAAUACACAGGAAAAUACAGUUAUGACAUUAUGUUACUUAAGUUAAAAAAGAAUGCCACACUGAAUAGGUACGUGAAGACCAUUGGAUUACCUAAGAAAGAUGGGAAAAUCCCAGCCAACAUUAACUGUACCGUUGCUGGCUGGGGCAAAACUGGAACCAAUAAGCCUUCCUCACAUGUACUGAAGGAGACCACGGAGAAGAUGCAAUUCAGCUUUGAGUGCCAAAAUAUUUGGCAAAAAUAUUUCAAUGCUGAUAAAAUGAUAUGCACCAAAUUUGACAAACACAAGGGAGGGGUUUGCCAGGGUGAUUCCGGCGGACCACUGAUCUGCAACAGCAAGCCUCAGGGUAUAACAGCUUUCACCCAUGCAAGUGAUUGUAAUAAUCCCAAGUAUCCCCAUGUCUUCACUAAAGUCCAUUUCUUUCUCCCCUGGAUUAAGAAAGAGAUGCAGAGAAAGUAAUGUUGCAUGAGCCACUAUUCAGAGGCCAAGAAUAUUGCCCUUUCUUCACUUGCUUAUUAAAUAACAUGGCUUAGUAAAGCAAAUAUUUAGAGAAUUAAUAGUCUUAGUUUUGAAAAAAAGAUUCAUGAAGCUGGUAUGUGUGAAUGUUUAGCAUGCGGGGAAAAAAGCACAACUGAUUGUAUUUUUAAAAUCUGUAAUUAAAAACUUGGUGAAAUUGGGUAAUUUAACACCAGAUCUCACUGUACAUGUAUAGCACGUGUCUAUGACCUUUCACAUCAUCUUGCUAAGGCAUGUCUCGUCAUUUCUGAAAUGUGAUAUCGAAAGUAUGUUAGUGAGUGUGAUGGUAUACUUGUGGUGUAAAAGCCCAAAGGCAUUAUCAAAUCACAGACCACUGAUGUCAGUCAUAGUGCAAACUUUUGAAGUUGAACCGUUUUCUGUCUGUGAAACCCGUCAUCUGCAGAGAAAGUGAAAGAAAUUGGCUGUUUUAAAAGGAGCAGUUCACCUUGAAAUUAAAUCUUAGUCCUCGUCAGUCACAUCUGAACUCUGACUUUCAGGUGAAAAAAUCCUUUAACCAAAAUAAAUAUGACAUUGUGAUUAGAUGAUCUUAUUCUUAUAACAGAAAUAAAGACAAAGGAAAUGCAAAACUCACUUGACUUGGAUCUCUUGUGAAAUAUCUCUUCUCUAUAACCUGUUAAGAGAUAGGUUGAGAUUGAGAGACUGAAGUCACAUGUCACAUGAAUUCAAAGUCAGACACAGGUUACACAUUUGGUACAACACAAUAAUACAGGAAAUUACAUGACUUUCUUACUUCUGUUUAACAACUAUCCUUACAUACAGUAGGUCAUAAUAGUUAUUAUUACUAAAUGAAUAAAAUACAAUUUUUUUUAAGUUUAACAUAGUUAAACUUAACUGACAACGUCAAAGUUGUGAUUUUGGAACGUUACAUACUGUAAUAUUUCACAUUGAAAUUCAAUUUACCAACAAAAAUAUUGUUACACCAUUUCCCUCAACAUAAUACUAUGAUUUGAGCACUGCAUGGAUACCAACUUAUUGUAAAUUAAAUGUUUGAUGGUUAAUGCUCCCCUCAGUAGCCACACCACAGAGAUAUAAGUGUUUAUGUAUAAAUAAUAACCUCCUUUACAUACUGUAUUCAUUGUAUUUCUACUGAAACAGAAAAUAACUGCACAUCGCAUUACAAAACUCUGGGUUUCUCACCUUGUCAAAGAACCUGCUAAGCUUCACUGCAUUUGAUGUCCCUGCAGCAAGGUAUCUCGGGUUGGUGCAGUCCUGGGAAAAUAGAAUAGCACUUCAGCCACAAACCUCAAAGAAAGCGAGUCUUUUCUUUCUCAGGUGACAUCUUACAACUUUAUGUGUAGAAUAUGUUUGUGAUUGUAGCUUCUUUCAAACUGUUCUGAUGGCAUAUGUUUUUGUUUGUAGAAAAAAUAAACAAUAAACAGUAAAGAUUUAGCAUGUA